AUGUUUAAAACAGCAUUCAAGUCUGUAAACCAACCAUUGGUUCAAAAAUUCAUUGCCGGUGGUGUUGGGGUCACCGGUUUAACUGCAUCAUAUUUAUUAUACCAAGAUUCGAUGACUGCCAAUGCCAUGACUGCUGCAGAGCAUGGUUUACAUCCUCCAGCAUACGACUGGCCUCACAACGGUAUGUUUGAAACAUUUGACCAUGCAUCCAUCAGAAGAGGUUUUCAAGUUUACAGAGAAGUUUGUGCAGCAUGCCAUUCAUUGGAAAGAAUUGCUUGGAGAAACUUGGUUGGAAGCUCACACACCACUUCUGAAGCUAAGGCUAUGGCCGAAGAGAAUGAAUAUGAUGAUGAGCCCGAUGAUGAAGGAAAACCAAGAAAGAGACCAGGUAAAUUGGCUGAUUAUAUCCCAGGACCCUAUGAAAACGAACAAGCUGCUAGAGCCGCAAACCAAGGUGCUUUACCUCCAGAUUUGUCAUUGAUUGUCAAGGCCAGACACGGUGGAUGUGACUAUAUAUUUUCAUUGUUGACCGGUUACCCAGAAGAACCACCAGCAGGUGUUGUAUUACCAGAAGGAUCCAACUACAAUCCAUACUUCCCAGGUGGUGCCAUUGCCAUGGCUAGAGUUUUGUUUGACGACUUGGUUGAAUAUGAAGAUGGUACACCAGCUUCAUCUUCACAAAUGGCAAAGGAUGUUACUACAUUCUUGAACUGGGCCUCUGAACCAGAACACGACGAAAGAAAGAGAUGGGGUUUGAAAGCCCUUAUAGUUGUAUCAUCCUUGUAUUUAUUGUCGAUCUGGGUAAGAAGAUUCAAAUGGACUCCAAUCAAGAACAGAAAAUUCAGAUUCGACCCUCCAAAGAAGUAA